AUUCAAUUGUUUCACGCUUGAUAAAAUAUCUGGAUAUGAAUCAUCUUAAGAUUGUUGCCGUCGGGCCGACUGCUUGCGGAAAAACUUAUGUGUGCAAUUUUCUCUCGGAAGCAAUCGAACAGACUGCGAAUGAUUACAGACCAACGGUUGGUGUUCGUAUACUUGAAUAUGAAAUAAACAUGCCUGUUCGUGAAAAGCCCUGCAAGUUGGAUAUCGAAUUAUGGGACUUAAGUGGCGAUAAAAAAUAUGAAAGCUGUUGGCCAGCCAUUUUCAAAAGUGCAAAUGGUGUGUUGCUAGUUUAUAACCCAAAUGUGGCCGAACACUCCGGUGAUAUUCAGGACUGGUACACCAUAACUACCAAGAAUACGGAUUUGAAAGAAGUUUAUUUUUGUGUUAUAUGCAACGACAAAUCCAGUGGGAAAGACAGGGAUGUUGUGCGAUUACCAGCCAAUCUCGAACGUCUUACGCGUGUCACAUGCUGCCUUGCUGAUCAGGGCGAAAAGUUCAGGGAUGAAUUUGGCAAAUUUCUGACCAAAAUUAUAACAUCACAUAUGGAAGCAAAUGAACAAGAAGAACUAAAAAUCUUGAACGCAUAA